AGAAUGACUUGACAUUUGAAUUUGGGCAAACAAAAUAUCGCAAGCAAACAGUCAAAAGUAAGCUGUAUACUAUACAAGAAUUCGUAGCAGACAAAGUGCUUUUAAGAGUUGGAACAUUAUCAUAGAAUGUGUAGUUCUACAGCAGACGUCGUACCGAGCAGACACUCUAUAUUCAGUUUGCCAACGCAAAAAAAAUUGUUAAUUUCGUUCAGUGUUCGGAAGUAUUCAGUUCAGUUCAGUUGAUUUAGCUAACCAGAUAUGGAUUUGAAUGGUAAAAAUGUUAUUUACGAAGGUGGCUUUGGUGGCAUCGGCCAGCAUUGUUUGAAAGAAUUUCUCGCCAGAGGUGUAAAGAACUUGGUCAUUUUCGAUCUUCAAGAAAAUGCAAGCAUUUUGCAAAACUUAAGAACUUCGUAUCCCGAGGCGAAUAUCUUCUUCGUUCAAUUCGACAUCACCGAUAAGAACAGCAUCACAGAGGCCUUUAAACAUGCAGUUGAGAAGAUCGGACACUUUGAUGUGCUGGUCAAUGGAUGCGGUAUGAUGGAUGAUACCAAAGUGGAUCUGAUGAUUGACAUUAAUUUGAUGGGCUUAAUACAUAGCACGCUGACUGCUCUGCCAUAUAUGAAUAAGUCCACUGGUGGUCGCGGUGGUCUUAUCGUCAACAUAUCUUCUGUCGCCGGCUUGGAACCAACUGCAGUUGUAGCUGUUUAUUCUGCGGCAAAACACGGUGUGACAGCGUUUACACGCGCCAUGGCGAAUCCACACUUUUUUGAGCAUUUCGGUAUCAGUUUCAUCACCAUUUGUCCAGGCAUUACAGAAACAGGACUCGUGGCACACCCGCACGAGAAGGCAACCUUUAAAUUCGCUGAAGCUUUAGCGGCACGUUUAGAUACAGCCGAGCGCCAAAGCCCCGAAGUGUGCGCUCAGAAUUUGGUGGAACUUACAACGUCUGGCAAAAAUGGUGGUGUUUACAUGCUGGAUUUGGGCGAAGUCAAAGAAAUUACAUUUCCCACUGUGUGGGCGCCAGUUUUCAAAUCUUGAAAUUGGUAAAAUAAAUUAUUGACUAUUUUAACUCGAGUGAUCAACCAACCAAAAUUAAUAAAGGCCUGAUGUAGCAAUGCUUGUACAGUGAUAAUAUUAAAACAAAAAUAAAACGAUAAUGAAUAAUAAAUGAGAGUGGCAAAGAUAAA